AGUGUUGUCUUCACCAUUGGGGGGAGGAGAAGAAGUGAAAUAAUACAUUUUUUGGGGUAUAAAAGAGGACACUGAGUCAGAUAAUUUCUCAAACGUUCUCGGGAAAUUGUGGAAUUUUAUAAAAAAAAAUAUUAAUUUAAAAUUUCUUUAACGGAUUGAUUUGGAAAAAAAACUAAAUAAAAAGAAAAUGAAAGUGUCUGCAGUGAUUGUGAUUUUGGGGCUAGUGGGAGCAGCUUCUGCACUCCCAUUUGGGCGCCCAAAUUAUCAGAAUAUGACUGCCCCAAAUCCCGAUGAGAUGGGCGAUAAUUUCGAAGGGGACAUCAAAUUUGCAGCAGAUCAAGUAAUUUCACCACAUACGGGCAUCCUGGAUCCAUACUGGAGAUGGGAAAAGAUCGGAAAUAACCCGACUAUCCCCUAUGUUUUUGAUUCAGCCUUCACCGCAACCCAUCGCGCAGUUAUUGUAGCUGGUAUGGCAACAAUUCAAGCCUCAACAUGCGUUCGUUUCGUCCCACGUACAACUGAACGUGACUACAUUACAAUUCAGAGCGCCAAUUCAGGCUGUUGGUCCUACGUAGGGCGCAUCCGUAAUGCUCAGAUCCUCAAUCUAUCCAUUCAGGCUGGAUGCGUGACUAAGGGCAUUGCAACGCACGAACUAAUUCAUGCCGUUGGCUUCUUCCAUGCUCAGAGUGACGUCAACAGGGAUAAGUAUGUGCGCAUUAAGUGGGAGAAUGUUAUGGAAGGCAAGGAGCACAACUUUGAGGUCUACACCAAUUCCUACGUAACUGACUACGGAGAGGGCUACGAUUACGGGAGUAUCAUGCACUACGGCCCUUAUGCCUUCUCCAAGAACUACAUGCCAACCAUUGAGGCUAUUUACAAUACAGGAGAAAUUAUGGGUCAACGCGAUAGUAUGACACAGAAGGAUAUCAAUAAGAUCAACAAAAUGUACAACUGCUAAAGAAGGAUGCCUUUUACUUAAAAAAAAAACAUCGUGUCUAUUUUUACACAGACAAUAAAAAGUAUUAUUUUCUUAAGAAAA